AUUGGCAAAGCCGCCUCGUUGAGCAAGAGGGGCCUGACGAGCAUUCCAUGAGCGAGCUUCCUGCAAAGGGAGCAAAGGGCAGCAGGAGCGUGUCCCUGCCUGGCCAGCACCUCCCGGGGAUUUCGGACAGCACAGGGACUGCGGCGAGGAGGAAGAGGAAGAGGAAGGCACCUGGGAAUUCCUUCAGCUUCCUGGGCUCACUCCCAGGCCAUGGCAGCCACCACGGUGACUGAUGCGGGCAGCGUGAGGAUCAUCACGGAGGUGAUCCCAGCCACGGAUCCCCGGGCGGCCCAGCUGGCCUCAGGCUCCCAGGCACCUGCCAGGACGUCAUUCCAAACUCGAGUCUUCCGGAGGGCUCAUCCCAAAGUGUUGGGGACCAUCCACAUCUUCGCUGGAAUCAUCCACAUCUGCUUCGGGAUCAUCCUGACAGUGUCAGAGCACAGGAACCCUUCCCUCCCUGUGGCCAGCGGGAUCCUCUUCUGGCUGGGGAUCCUGCUCCUGGUCUCGGGCUCAUUGCUGGUGGAAAGUGAAAGGAGAGACAGCCCUGUGCUGGUCAAGACCUGCUGUGUGGUCAAUGUGGGAGUUGUCCUGGGCACGCUGGUGGCCACCGGGAUCCACGGCACGGCCAUCACCCGGAACAUUCCCGGCUGCGAGAGCUCCGGGCCCUUCCACAUCCACCCGGAAUGGUGCCUCAGCAUGAGCAGCAAGAUGCUGAGCAACGUGCUGGAUUCCACCUUGGUGAUUCUCGGCCUCCUGGAAUUCUGCGCGGCCGUGGCGGUUCUGGCGUUCGGAUACGACACAGUCCGGCAGCACACGUACACCCAGCUGGCGCUGUAGCCACAGCCAAGCCCCCGUGGUGCCGCAUCCCGGGGGGGUCGCCCGUACCGGAGCGCCCUGGGAUGCCCUCAGCGUGUUCGGACCCCAAUAAAGGCCUCUCCCCCAGCCCAGCCCGCGCGUGUCUCCGGAGGUUACUCGGGGUGAGGGCGGGAGG